AGAAGCACAUGAGCAGGCUGACAGAUUUUCUGAUAUUUCAGAAAUGGAAGGUAAAAUCCUUCUGCUUGUGCUGCUUUUGUCAGUGAUGAGUCGAGCGGCUGACCGGGAUCUAGUUGUUUCUUCAGGACAUCUUUAUCCAAUAAGUGGGACUGAAGGCCCUCGAUCAGAUGAAGGACGUACACCAAGGAUUCCCCUGGAAAGACCUUUCGUCUAUUUUGGACGGACAUACAAUGAGGCUUAUAUUCUUAACAAUGGACUCCUAAUAUUUGACGGCAAGGUCAAAGUAAAGUUACCUGAAAGGUUCCCACGACAUGCAAAAGCAGACCUUAUUGCUCCAUUGUGGACAGAUUUGGACAACAGUAAAAAUGGUCAUAUAUUCUACAAACAAUACACCAGUGGCAGUGUUCUCCGGCAGGCUACACAAGACAUUAAUUCCUACUUCCCAGACGUCUACUUCAGUGCCACUUGGGUCUUUGUGGCAACAUGGCAUGAGGUGGCCUACUUCCCAAAUACAAAAGCAAGGGCGACUUUCCAGGCGGUGUUAAUCUCUGGAAACGGCAACACAUUUUUGCUUAUGAACUACGGGAAAAUUGACGCAACUCGUCAUAGUGUACAGGCUGGCUAUGAUUCAAUAGACUCUGAGCACCAUUAUUCUAUCCCUGGAUCAUUAACUGAUGCUGCAACAGGCGAAGACUCUGUUUUCCGCCACAGCAGCAACGUCAAGGUACCUGGUCGUUGGGCCUUUCAGAUCAACUAUGGUCCAAAAGGCUGCACUUUCAAUGGGAAACCUGUGCAGGCUGGAGAUUCCUUCUGGAGUGACAGCACGUGUGCAGAGAAGUGCAUCUGCACCUCAUCAGGCGUGCAGUGUUCCUACCAGCCCUGCUCCUUUUCCCAAAUAUGCCAGGAAACUUCCUUUUAUUUCUCCUGCGAGACAGUGGAGAGACGCACCUGCACCAUAAGUGGUGAUCCACAUUACUACACCUUUGAUAAGUCAUUGUUUCACUUUCAGGGCACCUGCACUUAUGUUCUUUCAGAACAGUGUCAGAAUGACCUGCCCUAUUAUAGAGUAGAGGGUAAGAAUGAGCACCGAGGCAGCACAGAUGUUUCUUGGACGCGACUGGUGAAGGUGCAUGUCUAUAAUGAUAUCAUUGAGCUUGUCAAAGGACAUCCUGGUAAAGCUAAGGUUAAUGGAAUCUUUGCAUUCACUCCAUUCUUCCUCAAUAAUGGCAGAGUCCAUGUUUAUGAGUCAGGUUUUACUGUGACUGUCAGCACUGUCUUUGGCCUGAUGGUAUCAUACGAUGCAAACCAUUAUGUCCGGAUCAGCCUGCCCUACUCUUACCAGAAUGCAACAUGUGGCCUCUGUGGAGACUUCAACGAUGACCCUGACGAUGAUUUCAGAACCCGUGAGGGACAGAUCGUGAGCUCUGAUUUGGUCUUUGCCAACAGCUGGAAAGCAGCUGGUGAUGAUGAACCUGGUUGUGAGCCACAGUGUGCAGGUCUGGACUGUGCUGUCUGUUCUGCAGAGGAAACAGCCUUAUACAGCAAUGAUGCCCACUGUGGUAUCCUGCAGGACAGUUCUGGACCCUUUGCUGCCGGUCACCAAGAGCUUCCCCCUCAAACAUUUAUGAAAAGUUGUGUUUUUGAUCUGUGUGCUGGUGGAGGGUACCGGCCCUUUCUCUGUCAAGCCUUAAAUGUGUACACAAGUGAGUGUCAGCAAAAUGGUGUCCAACUACCAAGCUGGAGGAGACCUGGCUUCUGUGAAAUCCCCUGCCCAGCUAACAGCCACUUUGAGUCCCAAGCCUCAGGAUGUUCACCCACCUGUUUCAACCCGAAUUCCACCGACAACUGUCCUCUCCAUGAUCUGGAGAGCUGUGUGUGUAAUGAAGGCUACAUCCUCAGCGGUGGUGUCUGUGUCCCUCAUGAUGAGUGUGGCUGCAGCUUUGAGGGUUUCUACUAUAGGUCUGGGCAGACUGUCAUACUAGAUGAGGACUGUGGGAGGAAAUGUAGCUGCAGUUAUGGCUCCAUGACAUGCAAUCCACAUGGUUGCGGCCUACAUGAAACAUGCCUUGUAGAGGAUGGAGAAAGAGGAUGCAGACCCAAAGGCUAUGCUACAUGCUGGAUCAGAGGCCCUGGGUCAUAUCAAACAUUUGAUGGAGUGACAUACCAAUAUCCUGGGGCUUGUCGACUGACCCUUACCAGGGUGAUGAAAUUGUCAGAUUACCCGCACUUUAUGGUGACUGCAGAGAAAGUCCCCAGAGGGCAGCAGGGUUUUGCACGUGUCCUGAAUUUUGAGGCAGAGGGGACACAAGUCUCCAUUGAGAUGGCAAGAAGCAGCAGAGUUAAGGUUGAUGGUGAGCUGGUCACACUGCCCUACAGCUCUGGGUCCACCCGUAUCCGCAUUUACCAAAGCAGCGUUUUCAGUGUCAUCAUUCACACAGCCUUUGGUGUAACUGUGCAGGCAGUCUGGCCUCACUUUGUGCGUGUCACUGCACCUGCUGUCUACGACGGCUCACUUGGUGGACUCUGUGGAAACUACAAUGGUCACCCGCAUGAUGACUUCCUUACACCCAAUGGCGCUCUGGUCAAAAGUUCUCAGGAGUUUGGGGACAGUUGGCGAGAUGGUUCCCUCACUGCUCACUGUGUGGAAAGUGUGAACCAAAACCCAUCAGUCAAUUUUAAUUCCAGUGAGUUCUGUGGCAUUCUUAGCUCACAUGAUGGACCAUUUACAUCUUGUUUCGAUGUGGUGGACCCACGGGAGCAGGUGGAUGUGUGUUUGGAUAUCCUCAGGGGCUCUAAAGAUCCUGCAUCAACACUGUGUGAGGUUCUUCGCGAUUAUGCACUAAUGUGUCAAGAGAAGGGUGUUUCCUUGGGACCGUGGAGGGAUUCAACUGGCUGUGAGCUAGCCUGUCCUUCAAACAGUCAUUAUGAACUCUGCGGGACCACUUGUCCUUCUACCUGCCCGAGCCUCUCCUUCCCCUUCACCUGUGACACCCCGUGUCAGGAUGGGUGCCAGUGUGAUGACGGCUUUGUCCUCAGUGGAAACCAGUGUGUACCACCAACAUCUUGUGGAUGCUACCACCAAGGACGCUAUCGGCAAAGUGGGGAACAGUUCUGGGAUGGUGAAGAGUGUCAGAGCUUGUGCACCUGUAAUGGUAUGACUUCUGCAGUCCAGUGUGUCCCCAAGUCCUGUGGUCCUCAGGAGUCGUGCCGUGUGGUGGAGGGUGAGUUUGGAUGCCAUCCCAACCCUCAUGGCACCUGCUCGGCCUCCGGAGAUCCUCACUACGUCACUUUUGAUGGCCAGGCCUACGACUUCCAGGGAACCUGUCGCUAUGUUUUGGCAGCGGUUUGUAAUGCCGCUGAUGAAAUCCAACAUUUUUCUGUGGAAGCUAAGAAUGAAGCGUGGAAUGGCUUGCAAGUUUCUAUCACAGCUGAAGUCUUUGUUGAUGUGUUGGGCUACCAAGUACUUAUGUCUAGAAACCUCCCGGGUAUGGUAAAGGUAAAUGGAAUAACAAGAAAUCUCCCUAUUCUGUUGAAUGGGAAUCUAUCUAUUUUCGCCAGUGGAUCUGAAACAUUUGUCACAGCAGAUUUUGGUUUGAGUGUUACAUAUAAUGGACGAGGCAGAGUGUCUAUCUCAGUACCUUCAAAUUACAGAGGAAAACUGUGUGGACUCUGUGGGAACUUCAAUGGGAACCAAAGGGAUGAAUUCCUCACCCCAAAUGGAUUAAUAGUUAUUGCUCCGGAUGAUUUUGGGGCAGCCUGGAAGGUUCCAGGUAACUACUCCUGCAGUGAUGGUUGUGGAUCGUCCUGCCCACAGUGCAACAAUGAAGGCCCUGCCAGAGCUCAGUGUGAGGUGAUUCAGGCAUCCGACGGGCCUUUUAGCUUCUGCCAUGAUGAAGUGGAUCCAGCACCAUAUUUCAAUGACUGCGUGUUUGAUGUUUGCGUGUCGGGAAAUGGGGGCCAAGAUCUUCUUUGUAGGGCCAUUGAAGCAUACGUCAGUGCCUGUCAGUCUGCAAAUGUCCGAAUCUACCCUUGGAGACAGAACACAAAUUGCAUCAUUGACUGUCCAGAAAACAGUCAUUAUGAGCUGUGCGGAACGGACUGCGGCCACACCUGUGCCAGCAGCACUGAUGCCACCUGUGAGCACGUUUGCUCAGAGGGAUGUUUCUGUGAUGAGGGCUUGGUCAGGAGCGGGAAGACGUGUGUCCCAGUGGAGAGCUGUGGCUGCCAACAUGAUGGCUUCUACUAUAAUCAUGGUGAGUCCUUCUGGACAGAGGGUUGCUCGCAGAGAUGUGAAUGUCACGCUCCCAAUGACCUGCGCUGCUCAGCUGCAUCGUGCAUUCCUACACAGCAGUGCACCAUCAGGAAUGGUCGGCUGGGAUGUUACGAUUCCAUGUCCACUUGCACUGUGUGGGGAGACCCUCACUACAUCACCUUCGAUGGAGCCCUGGCACAUUUCCAGGGCACAUGCUCUUACAUCAUUACUGAGAGUGUAAGCCACAGCAGCAAUGAACCCCAGUUUACGGUAGUGGCCACCAAUAAUCACCGUGGCAACAACCAUGUGUCGUUUGUGUCUGUGGUGGACAUUUACCUCUCAAAACAGACGGAGAGUGUGCAUGUCAGGCUUGGACCCAAUAAAAGAGUGAAGGUAGAUGGAACUGAGGUGUCUCUUCCCACCGCCGCAGGGACUUUAGCUCAGGUGUCCAGGCAGGGCAGCAACAUAGUGCUUGAUGCAGGUGACUUCAUUGUCCAGUUUGACGGCCGGAGUACUUUACUGGUCAGAAUGGACCAACACCAUCAGAACAGAGUCACCGGGAUGUGUGGGAACUUCAACAGUGAUCCCACAGAUGACAAAGUGUUACCAAAUGGCACCCGAGCACUAAAUGACAAUGAAUUUGGUCACGGCUGGAAGUCCUCCAAAAGCCAACCAGGGUGUGGAUCCACAGAUGAAGAUAGCGAUGGACUGAAUGACUGUCCCUGUUUCGAAGAAUACUCUGAACUCUGCAGCAUCAUCACCAACACCAGUGGGCCAUUCAGUGAUUGUCAGAUACACUCUGACCCACAGCCAUUUUUCACUUCCUGUGUCUAUGAUCUCUGUCUCUACACUCAAGCCAAUGGGAUGCUUUGCUCUGCUGUCUCGGCCUACGAGAGCACCUGCUCUAUUUUGGGGUUGAACAUCCCCGAGUGGCGCCCUGCUUUACAGUGUGCGGAGUCAGACCCCUGUGAACAGCAGGACUGCACAGAGGGUGAGUGGUGUGGGCAGAAAGAUGGUGUGUACGGCUGCUUCUGUGAAGAAAACCACCAUCGGGAAAACAGUGAAACCUUUGACUCUUCCAUCACUUGUGAGAGCAGUUCAGGCUCCAUGUCAUUGUCUCGCUGCCAGCUGUUUGAAGCAGGUUUUCACUCCGAUGUCCUUCAUCUCGAAGACGACUCCUGCAAAGGGACCGUUCAGGACGGACGACUGGUGUUCAACUUUGACAACGGUGAAAACCUGUGUGGGACGGUCCUCAAGAGCAAUGGAACCCAUCUCAUGUAUGAGAACACCAUCCAGGGUGACGUGGACCAUUAUGGAAACGUAAUCAGUCGUCGGAGAGGCAUCCAACUCCUUUUCUGCUGUGAAUACUCUCUGAGCCAGGCCUUGUCUAUGGAUGUGGGCAUCAAUCCUGUGGAGAGUCUUCUGACGAAGAAGCUUCCAUAUGGCAAUGGUUUAUAUCAUAUCAAAAUGAUCCCCUUCCGGGACCCAAACUUCCUUAUACCUUACCAAAGUGACAGCAAAAAAGGAAUACGAAUGGAUGAGAGGAUUUACGUGGAGGUGCGAACAGAUGGAGUGGAUGGACAGCAACUCUCCACCCUUCUAGACUCAUGCUGGGCCACGCCAGUCAACGAUCCAAACUACUAUAUCCGCUGGGAUCUCAUUAUUGCAGAGUGUCCUAAUCCAAAAGACCGUACAGUACAGCUGAUUCAGAAUGGCAACUCCGCUGAGGCCCUUUUCUCCUUCAAGAUGUUCAACUUUAAGAACUACAAAUCCAUUUACAUUCACUGUAACGUCCAUUUGAGCCUUUCGAGAGGAGAUUACGACUGCAAGGCUCACGGCAAGCCGGGUUACAAAAAACGACUUCAGAGGGAUGCAUCAUAUCCUGACUCUUCAAGCAUCUCAGUUGGGCCACUUGUCUCACAGACCGAAACCGUUGAUGCCGGAGUCCAGAGUAGUGCCGCUUCAGGCCAGCUGACUUCCAUCAUCAUCCUGACUUUGAUCUUGCUGACUGCCAAAAUUCUCGUCCAGUAAGACGGAAGAGGAAUUGAAGUUCAGUUUCUUUCAACAUUUAUAUACAUUUAGAUGUUUUAAGGGGUUUCAUUUUGGGCGUGGUUUUUUUUUUGACACUUGUGUAGUACAGUGAAAUUAAAAUCUGUAAUCACUGUACAUUUGAUAUUUGUCUUUGGGUCUUUUAUAGGGAUUUUUAAUCAUAAAAUGUAUGUCACAGGACGGGUUAUCAUAUAAUGAGUGUAGCAACAUACAAAUUGACUUCAUUCUCAUGUAAAUAACUGUUGCAGAUAACAGUCAUCAAUAUAAAAUCUCAAGAUUUGACAUUUACAUGAAACUAUGUUCUUGUUGCUUUCGCUAGUAAAUAUUUUAGCAUUUAUAGUAUGUUUGAUUCAACAUGUUUUUGAAACAUGCAAAAAAAUGUACUUCAAGGGACAUAUAUCUCAGAUGGUGAUUUACAAAUAAAUUGUUCUAAAAAUUAAGUAUUGGUGCAUGAUGGUAAUAAGGGAAAUGCUUGGAAAAACAUGUACGACAUGUCCUAUGUAAUCUUUGUAUCUUCAAAUAAAUAUCUAAAUGUAUGUACUGUGUGCAGAAUUUUUAAAAGUUAAUUUCUUAAAAAGGUAAUGUUAAGUGUGCCAGUAAGUUCUUGUCUUACACCAUAUGCAGUCUUUAUACUUUUAGUUUCUACAACCACCUGAACGUGACUGUAUAGCAGGGGUGUCAAACUCAUUUUCACCGAGGGCCACAUCAGCAUAAUGGCUGUCCUCAAAGUUGUUCUCCAGGUCCACGUAUCUGAAAUAGAAACAUGUUUAAUAUAAACCAUAUAUUAUGGUUUUAUCUAGAAAGCGUUUCCCCUCCUCUCCGUUUGUUGUUGCAGUGUAAUUAUUUGUCCAGCAGAUUGCGACAUUUCCCCGAAUCGGCCGCCCUCGCAGGCGGGGAGCGGCGGCCGAUUCGAAAUUUGAAACAAUUUGAAACAGAGAAUCUCUUUGUUAAAUGGAUGUGUUGUUAAAUGUAUUUAUCUGUGCAAUGAAGUUGUAAUACUUGUUUUUGAGUUGUUUUUCUCCCAUUAAAUCCCGUUUUGCCCUCCGGUAAGGCAACC